GUAGUCGUGAAAUUUACCGCGGGAAGUUUGCACGUAAAAUAAGUUUGAAAAUUUAUUUCGAAACAUUAUAUCUGAUUUGUGUAGUCUUGCACAAAAUUUGUGAUAUUAAUUAUUAAAAAUAGUAAAAUAAAACGGGAAAUCUUAAUUGAAAAUUAAUAUACGUAAAACUAAAACAAAUUAAACAUUUCGAAAUAAUUCGAAAAUAUUUUUUUGUUUAAAUUAAACUAAAGCUUAGAAUCAAAUUUUAAACAUUCAGAAAAAUGAGUUUCAGUAGAUUGUGUCAUUUGAGGUGUGCUGUGAGAUGUGAUUUGGUGAAAGUUUCCUCAUCAAGCGCAUUCAUUGCGAAACUUGGGGGACCUUGCGCGAAGGAACUAAGCACAAGUAGCACUCAGAGAGGCAGUGUUGCCCAACAUCACUCCAAGCCGGAUUGGAACAGAGCUGUUAGCGAAGCCGAGAAGAUUGUUGGCUAUCCCACAUCCUUCCUGAGCUUAAGGUGGAUUUUGAGCGAUGAGAUUGCGAAUGUUGCGCUUCAUCUACGCAAACUAGUUGGCAGUAAUCAUCCUUUACUGAAAACUGCCAAAAAUCUAAUUUACAAUGGUAAGAAUAAUAUGCAAGCAUGGGGUCUCAUUGUCUUGCUGGUGUCUAAAGCUGCUGGUCACAGUCCAGAGAUACCUGACAUGGAGCAGGAUAAAGCUGCAGGAGUAUUACAUAGUCAGCGUGCCUUAGCCGAAGUCACCGAGAUGAUCCGGACCUCGCAUUUGGUGCACAAAGGUCUCGUCAACAUGAACGCGAGACAGCGGGCUUCCAUAACUGAAGAACCUGAUGAUAUGAUGUUCGGAAAUAAAAUUGCUCUACUCAGUGGAGAUUAUUUACUGGCCAAUUCUUGUUCAGAACUGGCCAAUUUAAGGAAUCAAGAGUUGGUAGAGCUGAUGUCUUCCGCCGUUCGAGACCUCGCCGAGGCCGAGUUCAUGGGUGAACGCGACGAUCAAAACAAUCCUCUACCCUCGAGACCUUUAUCUAAAGAAGAGAGAGAGGAACCUACAGAGUGGGACUGCAUCCUGGAGCCGCUGCCGAUGCGCGGCGUGCUGGGCACGGCGGCCCGCGAGUGGGCGGCGCGGCACGUGCUGGCGGCCGGCGCGCUGCUCGGCAAGAGUUGCUCCGCCGCGCUCAAGCUGGCCGGCCACGACGCGCACAUGCAGACGCAGGGCUACCUGUUCGGCUGCCACCUGGCGCUGGCGUGGCAGGCGUACCUGGACCUGGAGGCGUUCAGCGGCCCCGAGCCCAGCUCGUUCUCGCUGGUGGGCGCGCCGCUCGCCUUCACGCUGGACGCGCGCCCGCACCUCUACUCCUACAUCGAGGCGGGCCGCGCCAGCGUGCACCACGUCGACUACCACGCCUUGUACAAAGCGGUGCUGGAAGGCGACGGGCUCGAGCAGACGAAGCGCGUGCAGCACGAGCACAUCGCGCGGGCGCGCGCGCAGCUGCGCAGCCUGCCGCCCGGGGACGCGCGCACCGCGCUCGCCAACAUACUCGUCGCCAUGCACCAGGACCACUACUGAACGCGCACUGCACACCCGAGGGUGCCCAUGCGGUUACUGGAGCCCAUGGACAUCCACAACGUAAAUGCGCCAUCCACCUUGAGAUACAAGUUCUAAGGUCUCAGUAUAGUUACAACGGCUGCCCCACCCUUCAAAUCAAAACGCAUUACUGCUUCACGGCAGAAAUAGGCAGGGCAGUGGUACCUACCCGCGCGGACUCACAAGAGCUCCUACCACCAGAUAUUGGUAUCGCAAUCGAAAAAAAGUAUAGGAUUUAAAAAGUGCCCCUACCGUCCGUAAAAAGAAUUAAUUUCAGCAGCACGAAUGAAUUUACUUACUUGCGUUUCGCAAUCUCGGAUUCUCGAAACUUGAAACUUAUACUCAUAAUCGAGAGCACGAAAAUUGUUUUGACAUACAGUAACAUAAAUCUCGAAGGCUAGCUAUCGAAAACCAUCUAAUGUAAUGAUCCGUUUUCGUAUCGAGGACUUGUGCUUGGAGGUCACUUAUCAUAAAGUAUCAAACAGUAGUUAAUAACACUGACUGAAAAUCCUUUACUAUGCGGCUGGCUCUGAAUAGAUGUCGCUUUUGCUCUAAUCUAAAAACUGAAUGUGACUGAUGAAAUAAUAUCACUGAAAUCGCAACUGCUAUCUUCGAGUAAAAAUUCAAUGCUCACAGAAGAUAUACAGUUUGGUUUGAAAUAUUAAAAUUCAUUUCGAAAUUAUGAAAAUAAAUUAUUCAUUUUGCAACUCUUAGAAACACUGACCUUAAGAUUUUAAUUUGAGGAAAAUUGCUACUAAAUGCUUAUAUUUUACCAAUUGUGUUCGAAAUUAUUUAUAAGAAAAGUGUCUCAAAUAACAUUAUACUUACUCGUAUUGAAUAAAACAAGCAGGCGAUUGAAUGACAUGAUUUAAUUCUAAUCAAUUAAACCGUAAAGAAAUAUUGUAAAAGUAUUUAGCUUUUUAUUAAGCUCACAGAUUUUGAGCUAAGUAAGUUACAAUAUGGAUUACAUAAAAUAGUAAAAUGCAUAGCAUAUUACAUAGUUACCAACAUGAAAAAACUGGUCAAAUCGUAGAAUUUAUUUAUAUAUUAUUCUGAACUUAUUAUGACCAUGAAUUUUAUAAUUAUACUUAAUAAAAUUUAGUAAUUAAAAUAACUCAUUCCAUUGUAAUAAAAAUAUAAUAUAUGAAUCUCUAUGAUGUUGUAAUUAGAAUUUAACUUCCAUGAAAAAUGACAUAUGAUAUUGUUUUAAAUGUAAAGUAUAGUUCAAAAAUGUAAUAUUGUGAUACUGGGUGCUUAUUGUGAACUUUAAUGUUUUUUUAUAUUUUUUUAUUUUGUACAAUAAAUAUACUCAUUUUUUAAA